CAACCCAGCCAAUCCGGACGAGGCCAUUGAAAUUCAAACCGGAACGUUGUUGUCACCGGUCUGAUCGGACGUUACACACCGAACUGCUUCUUCUUCGUCACAUUUCGUUCCGCGUUUGACCGGUCUGUGUGCGUCGAGAGAUUUUAUCUUUGUUAGAAACUAGAGGUUACAGAAUCUGAAGAAGAGACAAGGAGACAUAAUCACGUCAUUCGUCUUCGAAUAGUUUCACACGUGAGCUGUUGAAAAACAUUCAUUCAUUUUUGGGUCUUCGUGAAUGGCAUGAGACACACAUGAUGGAAGAGGAAUACAGCAAUGUGCGAGCGCCCCAGUAUUUAGACUUCACCGAGAGCACGAGUCCUCAGAUGUCCACGCCGGACUUCUUCGAGAAGGUGCACAAGAUGCACGAGCGUAAAGAAACGAUUUGCGACUCGACCUUCGAGAACGCGGAGAACGCCGAUCCCCAGCAUGCGCUGGCGAACGACAAGAUGUACUUGAAAGUUCAGGAAGAGAAUAUCAUCAAGAACACCCCGAUCAAGGUGAUCAUCUCGCCGCCGUGUCGCGGAAAAGCGGCGAUCGAACAGUUCACCACCUGCGACAAAGUGCUCAGCGAGGCGAUGAAGAAAUUAGAUUUCUGCAACAGAUUGCACAAGACCCAAGAUCUGAGCAAGAUCGGUCAGGAACCGACGGGGGGAUUCAAAACACCGAUCACGACCAAGCUCGUUAAAUCGUCGAGAUCCGUCGGUUGUCGCAGUUUGCCGCACAAAGGCGUUCUUGUGGGAAGACAAGAGACCAGAUCAGUGAAGAAAAUCAGUAAGAAUCUAGGCACGUCGAUCGGUGCCGCGAAGAAACAAUCCGUCAGUCUUUCUUUGUUCAACGAAGAAAAUCGUACGCAAAAUGUUGAACCGCGUGGCUCAACAGAUGACGUCAAGCCCAACGAGACCAAGUGCGACAACAACAAGGAAAAAACGUGUGACGAUAAAAACAUUCGAGACGAAGAUGAGAAACACAAUGUAAAUAUAAUAAUAACAGAAGAAACCAACGAGAAACAUGAUGCAACAGAGGGUGAUGAACUUGACGAAGAGACAGAAUUCAAGAAUAAAUCAGAGGAGUCGGGUGACGACAACAAACAACAACAAGACGAAGACAUUCUGCAACAGCCUGGAUUGUCUGGGAAAAGCGUUCAAUCAGCCAAAGUGCUCACGUGGAAAAAUCAUAGACGAAUCUCCAUGGAUGCUCGCAGAAUGUCCGUCAGCAAGAAGUACGUAAGCAUGGCGGAAGCGGUGUCGCGUUUCCAGAACACAACGCCCAAGCGCUUCCACACCAAGAGCAUCAAGGACAACAACAUCGCGUUGUCCAGACAGUCUCAUCUGAGGACAACGAUACCGAUCUCACCUGCAUUGGUGACGAAGAACAGAACGCGCCCCGUCAAAGUGCUCAGCAGAGAUGAGAAGGAAAUGUUGGAGUUGGAGGAGAUGAAGAAGAAUCGCAUCAAAGCAAAUCCGAUACCGCGCAGCGUGAUGCUGGCGAGAAGAUCGAAUGCCGUGACGAAAUCAUCAACGAGCCUGAACACGCAACCGGCUGAGACCGUUCGGUCAAGAUCGCCGUUGCGCAAGAGCGAGGUGGUUCUUGCCACGACGGUCACGAGGGUCGACGUGGACGGUAUCGUCGCGAGACGCAGAGAGAUCUCGAGCUUCGGCGUGCCGUCGAUGACGAAGAACGUGACGCGCGUCAAACCGUUCGGUCUCGAGACGCGCAACAAGGAUCUACAGAAAAAGAAGGAGGAACGACUGAAGAAUCUGCAGGAAGCCGUCAAACCCAAACAUCCGGAAUUUCACGCCAAACCGGCGCCGAAUUUCUCGAAACCGUCGAAACCUGCUGGGACCAGCCACCAACAGACGGGUCGCAAGAUGAUUCUACCCCGUCCGUUUAGCUUCGACGAGCGGGACAAGCUCAUACCAAAGAAGAAAGAGCAAAAGAUCAAAGAACUGCUCGAGGAGGAGAAACGUUCGCGCGUGUUUCGCGCGAAUCCGGCGCCGUUUCACAAGCCGGUGUUGCAGCAGGAAGAAAGUUCGAAAGUGACGACUAACGCGACGAAGGCGGGAACCUCGCACGAGGACGAGCGCGAGGAUCAGAAGGAGCGGAAUGUGGUUCCAGCUGUUCCGAGGAAUACGGCCGACUGUUCGGACAAACAGAAGAAGGCGGCCCCCCCGUUGACAAAAAGAACUAGUUCUUUCGAACUCUACACGGACAAACGAGCCAGAGAACGACGAGAGUUCGAAGAGAAGCUCAAACGCAAGGAGAUGGAAGAGGAAGCGAUGCGACUGGAACAACAAAAAAAACAGGAGGAGCACGACAGACGAAUGAGAGCGGAGAUGAGAAAACUCGCGGAGGUGAAGGCGAGGCCGAUGCCGGCGUUCAAAACCCCGGUCAUUCUAAAGCACACGAAACCCCUCACCAAUCCGCAGAGUCCCGCUUUCGCGAGCAAGCGAACGAAACAACAGUGAGAGAGGAGGACUGUCGAUCCGGAGGGAGCGUUUUUACCAGAUAAAAUCUGGUAAAACAAUCAUUUUUUUUUUUUUUUAACGAAAACUAACGAAAUAAAGUAAUUAUUUUUCUCUCUCUCUCUCUCUCUCUCUCUCUCUCUCUCAAAGUGAACAAAUUUGUUUUUAUGUAACUUGACUUGUGUAGCAUAAACAUUUCUUCAAAACGCAUGCGAUGUAAAAAAUUUUUAUAAAUGCUUUUUGAUACUUGUACGUCCCCAAUUUAAAUUUAUAUAUAUAUGUAUAUCGAAAAGUGAUAAAUGACUGGAAUGUUGUACUUUUAUUUCUUGUAUAUUUAUAAAAAAAAAAAAAAAACAAAAGUUUAAAGCAAUUAUUGUUACGAGGAACGUACAAAUAAAAGUUGAAUUUUGCCAAGCAAAUG